GUUAAUGCUGUCUAUAAUUUGGUUUAAUCCUGUACUGUAUGCUCACGUGUUAAAAAUCGUUCGAAAAAUCAUAUAUAUCCAAAUAUAUUAGUAAUAGACUACAUAUACUUGGCAAGAAGCGGCGAGUAAUUUAUAAUUUGUUGAUAACAGGAGUAAUACGGAACAUCUCUGAGAUGCAUAAACAGGACUUCGAUUCAAGCACCAAAAGAGACUUCGUCGAUCAUUUUAUAGCAGAAAUGAACAAGGAAGGCGAAUACUUUACGGAUGAGCAACUCCACCAUUACACUCGAGAUUUAUUGGUAGCUGCUAUUAAUACAACGACUGCAGCGUUUGGUUGGUGUGUUGUGUCUUUGCUUCGGCAUCCAGAGUGUCAGGAGAAAAUAUGGCAAGAGGUGGACAAGGUUAUCGGCAACGAAACCCCCAGUUGCAAACACCAAGAAAACAUGCCGUACAUGCGCUCGUUUAUACAAGAAAUACACCGGCACCGAUCCAUUGCAACGCUGAAUCUGCCUCAUCGAACUGUUCGAAGCGUGCGACUGUGCGGUUAUGACAUUCCUAAAGAUACUCCAGUACUUACCAACAUUUGGAGGGUCCACAAUAAUCAAAAUGUUUGGAAAAAUCCACACGAGUUUCGACCCGAUCGUCAUCUUGACAGCAACGGCAAUUUCGUCUCAUCUAACAACGUCAUUCCUUUUGCAUGUGGUUAUAGGCGUUGUUUGGGCGAGCAAAUAGCCAAAGCAGAGAUAUUUCUUUUUAUAGUAAAUAUUGUCAAACGGUUUCACUUGGUAGUGGAUCAAGUAACCGGUCCGCCGACGUUGGAAAAAGAUCCUAAGGGAGCCGUGAACACGCCAGCACCUUUUCGUUUCAGCGUUCGAGCGAGAAAAAACUGA